AUGUCGGGCUCGGAGGAGGAGGAGGAGUAUUCCUCGUCCGAGGAUGAAGACUACGUCCCUUCAGGUGCGGAGUACAGCGAGGACGACGUGAGCGAGCUGGUGCAAGAAGAGCCGGUGGAGAGCCCGCGGCCACCCCGCCGCAAGAGGAGUCCCCGCCGCCCCGGCAGCAGAAAGAGGAAGAAAGGAGGCCUCUUGCUAGAGCCAGAUGAGAAAGAGGAAGAAAAGGCCCAGCAGAACGAAGAGGAGGAGAAGGGAGAGGAAGAGGAGGAAGUGGAUAACGUAGAGCAGGUGGAAAGAAACAGAGAGGAAGAAGAGAAAAAGAAAGAGGAUGCUCUUUGGGCCCGUUUCCUUAGUGACGUGGGAGAGAAGCCCAGAGCAGGAGCUGCCAUGCAAGCAACGCAAGCGAAGAAGGCUGAAGAAGAGAAGAGUGGGAACAAGCUUCAGGAGAAACCAAAAGAGUCUGAGAAGCCAAAAGACUCAGGAAAAGUGACAAUCACCAAAGUGUUUGAUUUCGCUGGUGAGGAAGUCAGAGUGACUAAAGAGGUGGACUCAACCUCCAAAGAAGCUAAAUCUUUUCUGAAGCAGCAAGAGAAACGACAGCCAGCAGCUCCAGCUUCCCUCCCAACAGGCUCUGGGGUGAAGAGGCCAAGUGGUAUGAGCAGCCUCCUGGGCAAGAUUAGCUCCAAAAAGCAGAAGAUGAGCACGCUGGAGAAGUCUAAACUGGACUGGGAGAACUUCAAGGAGGAGGAGGGGAUUGUGGAGGAGCUGGCGAUCCAUAACCGAGGGAAAGAUGGGUACAUCGAGAGGAAAGCCUUCCUGGAGCGUGUGGAUCACAGGCAGUUCGAAAUUGAACGCGACAUCAGACUGAGCAGGAUGAAGCCCUGACCCUGCCAGGGGGUGGCCAGGGGGCACCCUGCUCCCUUCUGUGCCCACACGCUGGCUGGGGGCUGCCAGCAAGCACAGAAACCGUUCUCUACCCAAGCCUCAGCCUGUAUUGUCUCGACCUGCAGGUUUUUCCUUUUACUGUACUAGUUUGGGGUGGGUAUUUGUGGUGGGCAGGGGGACUCUGCGAGGGUUAAACGGCUCAGCAGGUGACAGAAGCCACCCGGCGUGAUUCUGGCAGGCAGCUUGCCAAGGAGACAAGAUGGUGGCACCCAUCCUUUGGGGUGAUCUAGCAGCAGGAGAUGCUGCCAAGGCUGGGAGGGUGCUGGAGCCUGGGGUGAGGCUCAGCUUGUGCAAGCAGAGCUGUGGGGAGGGUUGGUGGCUGCUGUGGGCUGGAACCCUUCUCCCUGCUCUCCGCCAGCCCUGCAGCGCUCCCUGCCCCUCUGCGCCGUGCUCCUGCCUGGACAAAGCCGAACUGUCUGUACUUGUUUGUGGGGUCUGAUGAUGCUGGGGGGAGGUUUUCAACGAGCUGAUGAAGAAAUCCUUCCUUGUUCAUGCUGUCCAGAAGACAGGAGCAGCUGCAGCAGGCAGAAUGGGCCAGGA